AUAUCAGAAAUGGUUCACAAGCCCCGCAACUCCCUCUUGACUGCUGGCGUCGCCAAGUACAGCCGCUCUCAGGUCUAUGCCAAGCGUGCCUUGUACAAGCGCAAGCCCGCUGGCAUUGUUAAUGCUGCCCCCGCUGCCGCCAACAAGACUGUCGAGGUCAAGGGUGCCAAGAACGGUGGCUCCCGUGUCAUUGCUGCCUCCAAGGCUCCUCGCUUCUAUGCUGCUGAGGACGUCGCUGUCCCCAAGAAGCACCGCAAGCACGCUGGCACUGCCAAGCUCCGCAGUACCAUUGUCCCCGGUACCGUCCUCAUCCUCUUGGCCGGUCGCUACCGCGGCAAGCGCGUUGUUUUCUUGAAGCAGCUCGAGUCUGGCUUGUUGCUCGUUUCUGGCCCAUUCAAGGUCAACGGCGUCCCCCUCAAGCGUGUGAACCAGGCCUACGUCAUUGCCACCUCCACCAAGGUUGACAUUGAUGCCUCCAAGAUUGAUGCUCAGUUGAACGAUGCCUACUUUGCCCGCCCCAAGGCUACCAAGAAGGCCGCUACUGAGGAGGCUUUCUUCGAGGGCGAGAAGAAGAAGGAGCCCCUUGCUGAGAACAAGGUCGCUCUCCAGAAGUCGACCGACAAGGUCAUCCUUGAAGCUAUCAACAAGGUCGAGCACCUCCGCCAGUACUUGUCUGCCAAGUUCUCCCUCUCCAAGGGCCAGGCCCCCCAUGCCCUCAAGUUCUAAGCGGGUUGCAGACUAUCGAAAAACAAAACAACAUUGCUUCUUGUGAUUAAAGGAUGAGUGAACCCAUUUCUUUCUUCCAACGAUAUCCAUUUCUCUUGUGCCUAGUCUACUUUAUUAUUUAUUUCAUGAAGUAACAACACACAGAUCAAUGAAUAUGCUACCUCUGGUGAAGGGAAUGAGAGGAGAUAGGGGAAAGAACUAAGGAAGCAGAAGGGGAAUGAGGUUUUUUCCUCCUAAGGGGGUGGGCGGAAUGAAGGACGAGAACAUAUCUCAGCUUUACACCUCCAUAUCUUCGUGUGAUCUUUCUCCUCCCUU